GGCUUGUAGUAUUCAAGGUCAACACACAGGAUGAAGUUCGUUGCGCUUGUCAGCGGUGGGAAGGACAGUAUAUACAAUAUUAUGGAAUGUAUUGUACAUGGCCACAGUUUAGUUGCUCUUGUUAACUUAUGUCCUCCGAGAUGUGGUGACAAAACCUCAGAGAUCGACAGUUAUAUGUACCAAAGUGUUGGUAGUGAGGCUAUAGGAUACAUUUCUAGUGCACUUAAAGUUCCUCUAUAUCAGACGGAGCUACGCAGAGUGUCCCAUUGUAGGCGCAUGUUGUACCGUCAAUGUUCAAACGACGAGGUUGAAGAUCUUUAUGAUAUCUUAUGUAAAGUGUUAUCUGAAAUCCCUGAUGUGACUGCUGUGUCAAGUGGGGCUAUACUUUCAGACUAUCAGCGAUAUCGUGUCGAGAAUGUAACUCGUAGGCUGGGUUUGCGUUCGUUAUGUUUCUUAUGGCAACGGUCUCAAGAAGAGCUUCUGGAGGACAUCGUUUCAGCUGGCCUCGAUGCCAUAAUAAUCAAGAUCGCCGCUUUUGGACUCACAGUUGAAGAUUUUCUUGGGGUUCAUCUCAGUAGUAUUGCAUAUAAGCUUCGCCAGCUAUCAGUCCCCCCUUGGUCUUUGAAUCUAUGUGGUGAAGGUGGCGAAUUUGAGACAAUUACAUUAGACUGCCCAAUUUUUCAUAGUAAAAUUGAAUUAAAAUCGGAACCUGAAAUUGUGACACAUUCUAAAGACCCAUUUUCACCUACUGCUUACCUCCGUUUAAGGAAUCUGAUUUUGGAGGCUAAACCAUUGGAUGAGGUUUGCCGAACCUCGGAGCAACUUUUGUCUUUAAAAGGGAAACAUAGUAAUGAGGGAAAUACUUCAACACAUGAACGAUCACCAUUUAUCACUCCAUUUGAAAGAUUAAAAAGUAUACGUUUGAAAACAUGUGAAGAAAUAAAAGGCGACGUUACUAAUGCUUUGGUUCAGAAAACGAAUAUUAAUUGCAAUAAUGAUAAUCAUCAGAAAUACUAUGAGUUUGGCCGGAAAUCAAUAAAUAAUUUUGCUAGAUCAUUAGGUAAUGGUAUGUAUAUUACAUCAAAUUACUAUGGUACCGGUGAAAAAGUAGAUGAAAUAUAUAAAGCUACAGAAGAUGCCUUCAGUCAAAUGAAAAAUGUUUUCACUUUAAACAAAAUUAAACCGCAGCAAAUUGUGCAAUUCAUUGUCGUUUUAAGUCAACAUUUGUCUCCAGAUGUAUUCAGUAAUUUCAAUGAAGCCUAUACUGGACAGCUAAACAGAUGGUUAGAAGAAAUGGAGAUUGACAGUAACAAUUUAAAAACUGAAUAUAUUGAUUCAUACAUGCCAACACGUGUGUGUAUUUGUGUGAAUUCUCUUUCAAAGGAGACCGUUUAUUGUUCUGACGAAGUCUUAACAAUUAGUCUAUCUGCCAUCGUAUAUUAUGGUGAUAUAAAUGUGUUUGAAUGGAUUAAUUCUCUGCGUGGUCUAUAUGUUCAGUCUAUUUCACAUUGGGCUCCAGCUAAUAUUGGUCCUUAUAGUCAAGCAAUAGCUGUUCCUAUCUCAAAUAUUCAGCUGGAUGAUUUCUCUACUUGUGUUACAGAUUAUUUUACAUUCUAUUCUGGUCAAAUUGGUUUAAUUCCUGAGUUGGAAGUAAUACCAUCAGAAACUGGAUAUUUUUCUGAUCACUUCGAAGCAUUGGAAGUUGAAUCUUGGCUUUCAUUAAGACAUUGUCACCGAAUAAUGAAAUACAUGGCCCCGUCCAACAUAUGGAUGGAUCUGUUCCUUGGAAUUUGCUAUGCCAUUGAUGAAGUUUCAUUAAACCAGGCUCGAAAUUGUUUUCACCAAGCUGUUUGUUCACAAACAUUGGAUACCACUGAUAAAUGUCAUUGCAAUCAAUGUAUUGUAUGGCUUGUCGUAUCGAGUCUACCUAAAAAUGCUACAGUUGAAUGGCAAUGGAUAACUGGACCAUCAUCACUAUCAUUGGUAAUCACAUCGUUAAAUAAAGUACUUAACAGAGAAUCAGUUAUUCCUUCGAAUACUUUUAUGCUAUUCUAUCGAUAUGAUGUUAAUGGAUUAAAUGUACAAGAACUAUCCAUUUUACUCAGUGAUAACUACACAGGAUUUAUGUUGCCUGUUGUAAAGUUCACUGAUCCCUCUGUAACUGCAGUAUUUGUUUCUGUACAGUCUAAAUAAUGAUUACAAUAAAAUAAGUGAUUGUUCUUUAUCUUCUUAUAAUUGAGGAUACUAGAUAAUAAGACUGGUCCAAAUAAAAACAAUAAAUGAUAACCCAUGUAUCAGGCACAAACCUGUAUGCUUGACUUUAAGCAACCAUUUAGAUGUGGUAACUUGUAUCCUGUUUUGUAAAAUAGAUCUGCCACAUAAUGAUUGUAUGAUGCAAUCGAUAAGCAAACGCACUAGUGACAACACUAAAUGUCCACCAUAAACUCUCUUUGACCUUGCUUGACUAUGUCUUGUAUAUUCACCAAUCAUAAUUUUUGUUUGUCAUAAACAAUAUUAAUUUUGUUGACUCAUUUUUCCUGUUCUUUAGUUACCAUUUGGUAUGUUAUUUAUGUCUCCUUUUUCCUGUUUGAUUUACUGAAUUAUUUGUUUUCUGUAUACUAACAGUGAUAAUUUACGUUUUAAAACAGAUAAAGUCAAAUAGCUUACAUGUUCUGACUUUGGCUGAGCUAAGACUCUGUGCUCGACAGGGGAUAGCUUAGAAUUGCGCCUGUAAAAAAUUACUUCCUACAGUGAUUGAAAUUCGAAAGUCUUUACUAUUAAGUCAUCGUCUCUUUUAACUAAGAAAACAAUUAAUAGAUCAAUAAAAUCUGGUUCAAAAUUGUACUAACUGAUAUAGCUAAACAUAGUGCUCUAUCCAUAACUAUGAUAUGACUUCGUUAUAAAGCGAAUGAUACUUAGAAUAAAAAGCUUAGGAGUAUUCGUUUUUGUUUGUGAAUAACAAUUGCAACUGUGAGGACAUUUGAACCACAGCUGAACUCAAAUAAAAGGCAUCUCGAUUCCUUUGGACUUUUUUUCUCAUUGUCCACAUAUAGUGUUGUAAUAACUUGAUAUCAGGUAAUAAACACUUGUUUUUUUAUCAAUAUGGUCAAAAAAGAUUCAAGAAUAUUAAUUACCACCUAAUAAUAUCAGGUGUAAAAGAUCAAGAACUUCUGUUUUGAACUUAUUUUAAGCUGUUUAGCAAAGCACACCCUUUGACCCCCAACCGAAGUAUGAUUAUUCUGCAUAUGAUUGACUUACUGGCAGCCUUCAUCCCUGUUGAACGAGUUAGUGACUAUCAGGACUCAGUAGCUCAGUAAACAAUGCGUUCGAUGUUUUAAGCGAAUUUUUUAAUCUCUGUGAACAUCGAAAUUGUGAUACAUGUACAUCUAGCUAAAAGCACACGAGGCCAAGUUGGUCACAUUCGAAUCCUUCCUACACCUCCAAAUAAAUCUCCUAUCUCCACGACUAACCAUUCUCACGUCCCUUUACCACUUCGCAUCGCUAGGGCAAACGAUUUGAGUGCGCGGAACGUUAUUCCUGGUCUCCUGAAACCACGCUCUAAACUAUAUGUUGGAACUUAUAACGUCCGAACAAUGUGCCAAAUAGGACAACAAGCUUCAUUAGCUAGGACUGCAGAGUCUCGCGCCAUCGAUGUGCACUGCGUCCUCGAAACGCAUAUACAGGGUCCGAGUAGCAUCAUUCAUUUGACCUCACCAUGUCAAAAUAAAGAACCGACUCGAUUCACACUUCGUGUAUCUGGAAGCCCUGAUUCUGCUUCCCGUGGCCUCGCCGGCGUAGGUAUAGCAUUGAGUCCUAGGGCAGAACUAGCUCUCUUAGAGUGGAUCCCAGUAGACAGUCGUUUGUGCGCUGUCCGACUGAACGGAACAGUAAGGAUCCGGAAAGAUAGGGACAAUCGUCGUUGUCUCUUCGUCGUCUUUGCCUAUUCUCCCACUGACUGCAGCGCAGAUGAUGUAAAAGAUGAGUUUUACAGAAAGCUCUCCGACCUUCUCCGAAAAGCUAGGCGCUCUGAUGUAGUAAUAGUGGCUGGCGACUUUAAUGCUCAAUUAGGUAAACUAAGCGCAAGGGAAAGACACCUAGGUGGAUCUUAUGGUGUCGUGGCUCAAAGAACAGAUAAUGGCGACCGUCUGUUGCAGCUAUGCUCAGAUAACCACCUCUUCCUUGCAAAUACUAACUUUAAGCAUAAGGAAAAACAUCUUUUAACAU